AGUGCACAGCUGAGAUCACUGAAGUGUCACGAAAACUGAUUAAACCGAUGAUUUCCACUUCCUCUGGCCAGCUGCAGGAUAACAUCUCCUGCAUUACCUCCAAGCUACCUUCCCUUGUUUUGCCUCCAUUCACACAAGUAACACUUGCCCAGGGGCAUGGAGCCCUGACCUGCUGUCCUCGCCAUCCAGAAACCUGCCCAGAGCUGGAGCGUAGCACGAGCUGGCGGGGAAUAAAGGUGGACUGCAGUAGGUUUCCCAACACUACGAAUGAGGAAGGCAAAGAGGUGUUGCUCUGCACCAAGGAACUCAGCCCCGUUUGUGGCACCGAUGGAGUCACGUACAGCAACGAGUGCCUGCUGUGUGCCUACAACAUAGAAUAUGGAACCAAUAUCAGCAAAGACCAUGAUGGAGAAUGCAAGGAAGCUGUCCCUGCUGACUGCAGCAUGUAUCCCAACAUGACAAACGAGGAAGGCAAAAUGACGUUACUCUGCAACAAGAUGUUCAGCCCUGUCUGUGGCACUGACGGGGUCACCUACGACAACGAGUGCAUGCUGUGUGCCCACAACGUAGAGCAAGGGACCAGCGUUGGCAAGAAGUAUGAUGGCAAAUGUAAGAAGGAAGUUGCUACAGUUGACUGCAGCGGCUACCCUAAACCUGCCUGCACGAUGGAAUACAUGCCUCUCUGUGGCUCCGACAACAAAACGUACGGCAACAAGUGCAACUUCUGCAAUGCAGUCGUGGACAGCAAUGGGACUCUCACUUUAAGCCAUUUUGGAGAAUGCUGAAUAUCAGUGCUGAGAGAAUUCACCACAGGAUCCCCACUGGCAAAUCCCAGCUAGAGAUCUCACCUCAGUUCAUCUCGCUCUCUGGGGAACUCAGCUCACUCCUGAUUUUCUUUCUCAAUAAACUAAAUCAGCAACAUUUCUUUGUCUUGUUUAAUGCUCUGCCUCAUGCAACGUUUUCUUCUGAUUUGUUGAAUGAUGAUGCCAGGCUGAAUCUGUUCCAUGCUCAUAGCUCUGGGAUAUAACAAGAACAACAUCUUGCUCCCCUCACUGUCAUAAAAGGCAGAAAAUUAAGUACAGAUGCAUAAACCUCAGCUGUGUGACUUUGUACAUAAAUGAUACUCAGACUACAUUAGUGUUCAGACCCUUUUAGACAGUUGAAAUAAUGCUCUGAACUGGUGAGGCUAGCAGAUCUCUACUAAGGUAUUUCUAGUGCACUUUCCCCAUGCAGGCACCAUCAGCAAAGCAGUUCAGCCUGGUGAUGAGCAAGCCCAGAGCUGCUGCCUGGCCUCCUGAGCACAGCCCUUACCUAAAGGCAUAGCAAAGCCCGUAUUUUUCAGCCAUAUGAGUGGGCCAUGCCUGUUUUUCUGGGACCUCCAAAUGACAUGUUUCUAGAUUUUCCCUCAUCUUGGGAUUUUAUUCCACAUAUUUUAAAAUAAAUACCUUUUUAAAGCUUGUUCCUACUCCUGUCUGCUUGCCUUCUCUCUUAGUUCUUAAUAGCAUCAUGCUCCUUGUGAGUCCAAGAAGUUUUUGCAGUCCAAGGACAAAGUAUACUUCUGGUUUUAAGAGUGUGACCUCUGUCAUUGGUGCAUUGUCUGUGAAAAUUAUUUUGCUUUUGUCCUUUGUUUGUGUAUUGAAUUGGUGGGUUUUUGAUCCACACAAGCGAAACAUAAAUAAAUUGGGCAUAUCCCUUCUAAAGAA